GACAAGACCGACGGUGCCGAAGCAUCUGAAUCGCCAAGCGCAAGCAAGCCUGAAGAGAAGGAGCAGGGGACUGAAGACAAAGCCGAAGGGCCUGAAUCACCCAGCCCUAGCAAGCCGGAAGAGAAGGAGGAGAAGACCCAAGACGGAGUUGAAGGGCCAGAAUCACCAAGCCCAAGCAAGUCAGAGGGAAAGACUGAAGACAAAGGGGCCGAAUCGCCAAACCCAAGCAAGCCACAAGAGGAGGAAAAGACGGAAGAGAACGGCGAAGGGUCCGAAUCACCAAUCGCAAGCAAGCCGCAAGAGAAGGAAGUUGAGAAGUCAGACGUGGCCCCAUCUCCCACCGCCAAAACUGUGAGCGAAACGGACAAGGAGACGACUGCGGAGCCAAAGAAGGAACACGAACAUCAUUUGGAACACGAAGAUGGAGAGCUCCACGAAUUUAACGAGACGGCGCAUCUAGUGGAGCUGGAAGCCGAAGAGGAAGAGGAACAUGUGCACGAAGAGGAAAAGGAAGAGGAGCCCCAGAAAGAGGAGGAACUUGGGCCUCCCAUUAACAUUUACAAGCCGGUCACGCCCUACGAGGUCAACUGGGAGAUUCUUGACACUCCUGAACCGCAGUCAGGAGCUGGAGGUGCUCCGAAGCGCGCGGGGAAGGUGACGAAAACCAAGGUGAUCAAGGGCCGCUGCCAGUGGCGGAACCCGGUGGGGUUUAUGUGCUCCACCGACAUCAGCGAGGCGGAGGGCCAGGAGCCUUGGCCCAACGACAUGUUUGCGGUUUACACCACCACCCAAGGCGGCGACAGCAAGGAUAUGUCUUGGGUCGAGGGCGUCACGCUCUUGAGCUCCGAGGAGCAUAACCUCAUUGCCUUUGUGCUGCUGAUGGCCUUCCUCCGGGAUCACCAGGACUUCUAUGUUGACGUGGAUCUCAUGGAUGGCCGAAUCCAUUCACUGAAACUUGGUGAAAGAGUUGAUCCCGAGCGAGGAUCAGGUUCUUUUGUGUGA